GUUCGGCUAUCCAGUUCAGCUGACCUUCAAGCAUCCGUCGGCACCGUCGCCGCGAUCCUGUAAGCUUUGAUUUUGCGAGUCGUUGCUGAAGGGGUUGCGAGAUCGAAGACGAUGCUGCGGAGUCUCAUGCUGUCCCAUGUCACCAGGAGAUCGAUACCCUGUGCGCCCCUCCGGAGCUCUUCGGCGUUGUCGGCAGUCGCACGCUCUCCGUCAUGGUGGCUUUUCCAGCGGUGUGGCAGCGCAGGGCAUGAGGAUCCAGUGUCCACCGGGAGCUUCUGUCGGACAUUUGCUGCGCUUGGGGGCGGUGACAAGAUGGGCAAGAGGGUAGGCACUCAUAAUGGGACCUUUCAUUGCGACGAAGCGCUUGGGUGCUUCAUGAUCCGGCUCACUGACAAGUUUGCUGAUGCGGAGAUUGUGCGGACCCGUGAUCAGCAGGUCCUGGACACUUGUGAUGCUGUACUGGACGUGGGUGGUGUUUAUGAUCCUGUAAUUGAUCGUUAUGAUCACCACCAGCGUGGGUUCGACUGCAGUUUUGGUCAUGGGUUUGUCACGAAGCUGAGUAGUGCUGGACUAAUUUAUAAGCACUACGGACAAGAGAUAGUGGCGAAGGAGCUAGGCCUGAGUGAAGAUCACCCAGAUGUUCAGCGAGUCUUUUUGACAAUGUACAAAAGCUUUGUAGAGGCCAUUGAUGGAGUUGAUAAUGGAAUUAAUCAAUAUGACACAGACAAAUUCCCCCGUUACGUAAAUGAUACACACUUAUCAGCCAGAGUGGGAAGACUGAACCCCGGUUGGAUGGACGAGAAGACACCAGAAGCUGAAGAUGAGGCUUUUCGCAAAGCCAUGAGCCUAACAGGUAUCGAAUUUUUGCAGUCUUUACGGUAUUAUGCCAGAUCUUGGUUGCCAGCUCGAUCUAUUGUUGCAGAUUGCGUUGCUGAUAGGAAAGAGUCUAACAAAUCUGGCGAAAUUCUGAUCAUUAAGCAAUACUGCCCUUGGAAGGGGCACCUGAUCGAGCUUGAAAAGGAGUUGAACGUGGAUCCAACUAUCAAAUAUGUACUCUAUGAGGAUGGCCGCAGUAAGGGAUGGAGAGUGCAAGCAGUUUCCGUGAGUCCAGGGUCAUUUGAAAGUCGGCUGCCACUGCCUUCUACUUGGCGGGGUUUGAGGGACGAUGAACUCUCAAGAGAAACUGGGAUUGAUGGAGGUGUAUUUGUUCACAUGAGUGGUUUUAUUGGUGGGAAUAAAACAUUCGAAGGGGCGCUUGCAAUGGCAGAAAAGGCUUUGGCAAUGAGAGACUCUCAAACUGUGUAGGUCGUGUUCUGGAGAACUCUUUCGCACACUAAAUUCUAGAAUUCAAGUAAAUUCUCUGAUUCAAUUUUUUUAUAUAUGAAAUCAGCGCAUUUCCUCGUUUUGGUGGAAAUAGUGCUUCGGAUUCGUCCUUUAUGAUCUUGCAUGCUUUAAAUCGAAAACUAUCACCUUCGAA